CCUCAUUUCCCUCCAUCCCUGCCUGCCGCUCCACCUCCGCCUUUGGCCGUGCCUCCUCAUAGCUGUAUUGGGCCGGCGUCGCGGCUUGCCUGGGAGGACUGCCCUGCAGUCGGGGGGGAGCCAUGCCGCCGAAGAAGUCAAAGUUCUUCUCCGCCGACGGCGAGCCGGCCGCUGUGCCCGUUGCGGGCGAGGGCGCUACGAAGCGGCGCAGAUUCCGCAUCCCUGGGGACGACGGCAAAGGGGCGGCAGUGCCCGCCGCGCAGCCAGGGCCGCCGAACCCCGCCGCCGCCGCGGCGGCGCCCGCCGCCGCGGCGGCGCCCACCGCCGCCGCGGCGCCCGCCGCAGGCCCCGCGGGCGCCCGCAGAAAGCCGGCGGCCGCGGCGGGGGCCGACGAGCUGGUGCCGCGCACUCCGGCCUCCGUGCUCCGGAGAGCCCCGGACGCGCCGCCGGACGGCCCGUCACCCGAGAAGGCUCGUGCCUGGCUCUCUCUCCUGCCGGCGCCAGGGAACCGUGACAUUGAUGCGUUCCUCACGGGGGCGGAGCAGAGCGUUGCGGAGGUAGACCGGGCGGCCCUGGCUCCAGAGGUAAACCAGUUCGGGGUCACGAUCUCCAACGUGUUCGCCCAGGUGCUUCGGGGCCGUGCCUUGAGUGUCUUGAAGUCUGCUCCACGGCUGAACGGCUUCGAGGCAUGGCGCCUUCUUCACAAAGAGUACCAACCGGACAUUGGAGUCCGCCACAGCGCCAUGCUUGCGGGCAUCCUCGUCCCACAGAGCUGGGCAGGGAAGACGAACCAGCAGUUCUUGGACGCGAUGGCGGAGUGGGAGACUUCGAUCGCCCAGUGCGAGGAGCAGACGGCGGAGCUGGUGACGCCAGCAACCCGCGUUGCUGUGAUCCUCUGGUGGGCACCUCCUGCUAUUCGCGAUGUCUUGCGGCAGCACGUGAUGCAGGUUGGCAACAACUACGCCCAGUUGAAAGCGAUCCUGACCUCCUACGUCUCCUCGGGCUACGACUGCGACCCCAUGGGCGUCAGGACCAAUGCCGGUCCAUCUGGUCAGGGUGCCGACGCGGGGCCUUCCCCGAUGGACGUCGGCGCCACCCAAAAGACGUGCCACCACUGCGGAAAGCCCGGCCGCAUUGCUUCGGAGUGCUGGUUCAAGCGCGGCAAGGGGCAGGACGCCCCGCGCCUGGAGCAGUUGCUCGACGCAGAGGGCCUGCGUUUUCUGGAGGGCCGUGGAGAGCAGGUUGCAGCGUUCAACAAGCUGAGGCUCGACGUCCACGAGGUCGAGAUCUUCGAGUCGAAGGGCGCGGCCAUCUCCGGCAAGCGGCGCUGCCGUCUCGAGAGGUCCCUGGCCUACGUCCUGCAGCGUGGCAGGCGCGGGGUGCUCAGCGGCUUCUCAGCCAGCUGCGCGUUCAUCAAGGCGAACUCUUGGGAGUGGCAGGAGAUGUGGACCUCCGUGCGCGAGGGGCUCAGCUCUUUCCGGGGUCCCCUGGUCUUCCUCGGCAGCGAUUGGGCGCUCCCCUGGAACCGUUGCGACGCCGCCCCCGACGCAUCCGAGAGCGGCUUCGGCGCGACUUCCAUCAUGACCCCAGGGAGGUCGCCCGAGUGGGGCGCGUCGCCGAGCGGAGCCGCCCCCGCCUCAACAUGGAGCUGGCUCCGCGGCAGCGUGCGAUGCAGCGCGCCGGCUACGUCGAGGAUUGGGGGCGCUGGGCCCCGGCGCCCGGCUGCGCCCGAGGAGGCUUCUGCAGGCGCCUGGUCGCUCGACGAAGGCUUCGAGGAGGUGCCUGCUGGGUGGCUCGACCAGGCGCGCUGGGGCCUCUGGCUCCCCUCUGGCGUCUCUCGUUCCGCUCAGCUCUGCACAUCUGCAGACGGCAUGAUGCGCCUGCGCACGUCUCACAGCGUCGGCGCGCUACUCUUGCUGCUGGCAGCGCGCGGCGCCCCGAGCGCCGGGUCGCCGGCGAGCGGGACGCUGGCCCGCCCGACGGUGGAGGGCUCGGCGAGCGGACGCCCUCGCGAGCCGCAGGCCGAGUUCGGGAGGCGCCUGUCUACCAGCGGCGCGCAGUUGCUCAAGCUCUUGGCGGGUGAUGGGGUCGACAGCCACAGGUUCGGAACGUCGGUGGCCGUGAGCUCCGACGGGGCCCGCGUGGUGGUGGGGGCCGUUUACUACUACUACGAUGACGUCCAGCGUGAGCCCAUUACGUUUGGCUCCGCGUACGUGCUCGACGGUACCACCGGCGAGAGUCUGCUCAAGCUUGUGGCGAGUGAUGGGCCUACAGGCGACAGAUUCGGAAUCUCGGUGGCCGUGAGCUCCGACGGGGCCCGCGUGGUGGUGGGCAACGACAAGGACGACGUCUAUUCCGGCUCCGCGUACGUGCUCGACGGCACCACCGGCGAGAGGCUGCUGAAGCUUGUGGCGAGUGAUGGGGCUGCACGCGACAAUUUCGGUGACUCGGUGGCCGUGAGCUCCGACGGGGCCCGCGUGGUGGUGGGGGCCACUGGUGACGACGACCAGGGCACCAAUUCCGGCUCCGCGUACGUGUUCGACGGUACCACCGGCGAGAGGCUGCUGAAGCUUGUGGCGAGUGAUGGGGUUGAAGGCGACCUGUUCGGUUACUCGGUGGCCGUGAGCUCCGACGGGGCCCGCGUGGUGGUGGGGGCCUUCCGUGACGACGACCAGGGCGCCGAUUCUGGCUCCGCGUACGUGCUCGACGGGGCCACCGGCGAAAGGCUGCUCAAGCUUGUGGCGAGUGAUGGGGCCGCAGGCGACAGUUUCGGUUCCUCGGUGGCCGUGAGCUCCGACGGGGCCCGCGUGGUGGUGGGGGCCUACCGUGACGACGACCAGGGCUACGAUUCUGGCUCCGUGUACGUGCUCGACGGGGCCACCGGCGAGAGGCUGCUGAAGCUUGUGGCGAGUGAUGGGGCUUAUGACGACUGGUUCGGUUACUCGGUGGCCGUGAGCUCCGACGGGGCCCGCGUGGUGGUGGGGAGCAAACGUGACGACGACCAGGGCUGGGGUUCCGGCUCCGCGUGCGUGUUCGACGGCACCACCGGCGAGAGGCUGCUGAAGCUUGUGGCGAGUGAUGGGGCUGCACUCGACUAUUUCGGUUACUCGGUGGCCGUGAGCUCCGACGGGGCCCGCGUGGUGGUGGGGGCCUACUAUGACGACGACCAGGGCUACAAUUCAGGCUCCGCGUACGUGUUUGACUUCACCGAGCGCGACAUUGACAACGCGGAAGUUGAGGACAACGAGUACAACGAGUCGGAGCAGGUCGCGGAGAUCUAG